GCGACUCCCGGGAUGCGCGGAGGCGGCGGCGAUGGCGAUGAUGCCUCUAGCCCUGCAUCCUCCCGGGCGGCGGCCGGAGCUACGGUCCGGGCUGCGAGAUGGAGGAGGAGGGGCGGCGCUGCGGCCACCUGGCAGAAGGAAGAGUCAUUUCUCUCUGAAGAUGAACUCCACGGACCACCUUCAGGAUGCUCCCAACACCACCUUGCUACAUGUGCCUCGCUCCCAGGGAGGAAACAGCACUGCUCUCCAGGAGGACCUCCAGGAUCUCAUCCACACAGCCACCCUGGUAACCUGUACUUUUCUACUCACGGUUGUCUUCUGCCUGGGCUCUUAUGGCAACUUCAUUGUCUUCUUGUCCUUCUUUGAUCCAGCCUUCAGGAAAUUCAGAACCAACUUUGAUUUCAUGAUCCUAAACCUGUCCUUCUGUGACCUCUUCAUUUGUGGAGUGACGGCCCCCAUGUUCAUCUUUGUGUUAUUCUUCAGCUUAGCCAGUAGCAUACCGGAUGCUUUCUGCUUCACCUUCCAUCUCACCAGUUCAGGCUUCAUCAUCAUGUCCCUCAAGACGGUGGCAGUGAUUGCACUGCACCGGCUGCGCAUGGUGUUGGGGAAGCAGCCCAAUCGCACGGCCUCCUUUCCCUGUACCUUGCUCCUCACUCUGCUUCUCUGGGCCACCAGCUUCACCCUCGCCACCUUGGCCACCCUGAAAACCAGCAAGUCCCACCUCUGCCUUCCCAUGUCCAGUCUGAUUGCGGGAGAGGGGAAGGCCAUUCUGUCUCUCUAUGUGGUUGACUUCACCUUUUGUGUUGCCGUGGUCUCUGUCUCUUACAUCAUGAUUGCUCAGACCCUGCGGAAAAAUGCUCGAGUCAGAAAAUGCCCCCCCGUCAUCACAGUUGAUGCUUCCAGACCACAGCCUUUCAUGGGAGCCUCUGUGAAGGGAGGUGGAGAUCCCAUCCAGGGGACUAUGCCAGCUCUCUACAGGAACCAGAAUUACAACAAACUUCAGCAUGUUCAGACCCAUGGAUACACCAAGUGUCCCAACCAGCUGCCAACCCCUGCAGCCAGCCGGCUCCAGCUGGUAUCAGCUGUCAACCUCUCCACAGCUAAGGAUUCCAGAGCGGUGGUCACCUGUGUGAUCAUUGUGCUGUCAGUCCUGGUGUGCUGUCUUCCACUGGGGAUUUCCUUGGUGCAGGUGGUUCUGUCCAGCAAUGGGAGCUUCAUCCUUUACCAGUUUGAACUGUUCGGAUUUACCCUUAUAUUUUUCAAGUCAGGAUUAAACCCUUUUAUGUAUUCUCGGAACAGUGCAGGGCUGAGAAGGAAAGUGCUCUGGUGCCUCCAAUACAUAGGCCUGGGUUUUUUCUGCUGCAAACAAAAGACUCGACUUCGAGCCAUGGGAAAAGGGAACCUCGAAGUCAAUAGAAACAAAUCCUCUCAUCAUGAAACAAACUCUGCUUACAUGUUGUCUCCAAAGCCCCAGAAGAAAUUUGUGGACCAGGCGUGUGGCCCAAGUCAUUCGAGGGAAAGCGUGGUCAGUCCCAAGAUCUCUGCGGGACAUCAACACUAUGGUCAGAGCAGCUCUACCCCUAUCAACACUCGGAUUGAACCAUACUACAGCAUCUACAACAGCAGCCCAUCCCAAGAAGAGAGCAUCCCAUGUAACUUGCAGCCAGUAAACUCUUUUGGAUUUGCCAAUUCAUAUGUUGCCAUGCAUUAUCACACCACUAAUGAUUUAAUGCAAGAAUAUGACAGCACUUCAGCCAAGCACAUUCCAGUCCCCUCUGUUUAGAGUCAUGGAGGCUGGAGAAAUGGUGUAAACUGUUUUUGUUUCUGAUACUAAUUGAUUUUUUUUCACUUUUGUGAGACCAGUGGUAGAUCAAAGCAAAGAUUUAGUGAAACAGUUGGCAUUUAUGAUUUUCUUUUGUCUGAAGUAUUAGCAUCUGUUGAUUUUCUCUGACAUUUUAAGAUUUGAUGUAAAAGUUUAUUCUUUAGAUUUUUACCCUGACUUGUGCUCCAAUCUUUUGUACUAAAUUUUUAAAUAGAUGCCAGGAAUGAUCAUGCUACUAUGUUAGAGAAUGAACUGAUUAUGAUCAUUUGAGUCAGUGUUGUGGGUCUUCAAAGUAUAUAUGAGCUGGAUUUUUUAAAGAAUGUUAAGAUAUGAUCUUUCCUGAGGUAUUAUUUGUAUUAAUUCAAUUAUAAAUUUUGAUUCUUUGAAGUGUUGAAAUGGGGAACAAUAUGCUUUUUUGGUAGCAGGCUUAUUUGAAUAAAUAAUACAUUGUUAAAGCAGAAAAUCAGAAAUAUAUUAUCUAUAACUAUCCUUACCAAAAAUACACAGGCAUUAGGUACCUUUCCUUUUAUAAGGCAGUCAACCAAGAAUAUAAUAUUAUGAUUAUUACCAUUUCUUUUUUUUUUUUUAAGAUUUUAUUUAUUUAUUUUCCCCCCAAAGCCCCAGUAGAUAGUUGUAUAUCAUAGCUGCACAUCCUUCUAGUUGCUGUAUGUGGGACGCGGCCUCAGCAUGGCCGGAGAAGCGGUGCGUCGAUGCGCGCCCGGGAUCCGAACCUGGGCUGCCAGCAGCGGAGCGCGCGCACUUAACCGCUAAGCCAUGGGGCCGGCCCUACCAUUUCUUAUUAGACAUUUAUUAUUUUGUGUAAAUUGAGUAGCUAUGUAGUUCUUUUAUAAACAGAGAGAUGUUUUUGCUUGCUAAAAAUGAAUUAUUCUAUUUCAGAAUGAUCUUACCCAAGAAUCCUAGUGAGGAGGACUGCAUCUAAGGUAGAGGUAUGCUGUUCCUGGAAGAGUAGGUGCUAACUGUGGUCAUCUCAGUCCGGGUGUUGUUAUGUGGGAAGCAAUCUAGACUGCUGUGGUGUGUUAGACGAUCUUUAUUAUUGCUUAAGAAGACAUAAGUAUGCGAUUGACGAUCUUUAUUAUUGCUUAGGAAGACAUAAGGAUGCGAUUAGGAGUGUUCUGAUUUAUGCUUCCCUUCUGUGUGAGAAUGGUUUGUUAACAACCUGGCAAAGAGUAUCCACAUAACUAUUGAGGAAUAAAUUUUUUUGUCUUUGUUUAUGUAUUACUAUGGUAGAAAAAUUCUCAAGAUAAGCUGUUUUCAAACUAGUUGUUAUUUCUUUCCCAUUAAUCUUAAACUGGAAAUGGGCAGUAAGGAAAAACAGAUUAAGUAUUUCUAUACCUAAAACUAAUUUUAUCACAUACUCUGUGAUUCCUAGCAUAACAACUGUAAACUCAUAUUUUAAUGUAAAAAUAUUUUCAUUAAACAGCAUUUAUAUUCACUACAGUUUUGGAACUCUAACUGCUAGACACAAGAUGAGCAUCACGAUACAAAACCUAUCUUUAUAAAUUAUGUUCAAGAACUGUUAUUGCAGAUUGCAAGGCACUUUGUUCCUUUGAUAAGUAUUCAAUUUGUAGCAUCCUCUCCCGGGAUGUUUCCAAAUACAGAGGUCAUGAGAGGCAUGGAGAAGACAGAGCAAUUACUCCACUAGAACUCUGCUCAGCCUCAGCUAACAACUCUUACCUUCCAACAUCAACCAGUCAUUUCUAGUUCUGAGAUUUAAGUAUGACAUAUGGGUUUUAAUUUGUCAUUAAAGCCACCUUUUAGAACUUUCUUCCCUUCAUUCUCUCCCUUUCUUUCUUCCUUUAUUUUUGCUAUUAAAUUUUAUAACAGAAGAGAAAAUAUUCACUUUCUCACAUUUUUUUUGUAAUUGAAUGCUAUUUUUGGAAGUCACUAUGACUAUUUCAAUUGUGCUUUUAUAUUUUUAAUACAACACUGUUUUCAUUUAUUAAUACUCUCAUGAGAUAGGUUAGUAUAUUACCUCUUUUUAACAAAUAAUUAAGAAAUCUAAUAUCCUCUCCAAAGAUCAUUUGAGGAAUUGUGGCAAAUUAUGAAUUAGACUUUUGUCUAAAUUGAGAACCUGAUAUUUAUUCCCAUAAGCCAAAUAGCUUUAUAAUUAAUAACAUUAAUCAGGAAGAUAUUUCAUACUUUUUAAGGUAUCUAUCUCUUUUUUGGCCAGGCAUUUCAAAUGUGAUUCAAUAAAAGAAUUUUUUAAAAGUAAUUUCUACUUGUAAAAUUAAAAAUGACAGGUUUUCUGUGUGACUUUUGAGUUUGAGACAACUUGACCCAUCUUUGGGAGGUAAAAAUUAUAGCAUAAAGAAAACUAAGCAUGUGCAUAUGUGGUGUUCAGUCUCUUUAUGCUCAUCAAGAAAUUACUGAUUUAACUUGCAUGAAAUACAUGGUGGGCUAGAUUCUUAGCCCUCUUCCAUGUCUAUAUCUAUAUGUAGAUAUAGAUAGAUAAAACUUGUCUCUUCAUAAGUUUUAUAUGGCUAUCUAUAGCUAUAUGAAGAUAUAGCUAUAGAUAGACAUAUGUAACUUCUCUCUUCAUAAGGGCUAAAAUGAGAACUAAAAGUAAUGAGAAUUCAGUUGACUAUGACUAAUUAGCAGGGUAUAAUAAUUAGUUCUCUUAAUGCUUUACUGUGAUGCAAAGUAUGUGAUGUAUUUCAAACAUUUUAUAAUUGUUCUGAUGUUAACCAUUAGGCCAGAUUUGUACUUCUGAUGCUUUUAAUGUUCUUUUAAAAUAAUGUUUGGAAAAUAAAAACAUUGAAAA